GGCGUGAAAUGUGUCAAAACAGUCCUCCUAUCGUGGUGAACGUCCAGGCGGUCAUCCCCGCCUUAGCCAAUGAGAGGCGAGGAGGAGGAUGGAGUUGCCAGACGCUGCAUUUUGACGUAGAAGGGAGGAGGAGGAUGGAGGAUGGAGAAGCACGUCAAAGUUUAGCCAACGGCAGCACAAAAGCAUCCAGUCCGUCCAAAGAGGCCUCUUUAGUGCUGGUAAACAAACAUGGAGUCUGAUUCCCGCACUUGUGGACCAGUUUGACCCAGUUGUGAGUCCACUCCAGUUCGCCCGCCCCCCCCGCCUUCAACUUGCAGCAGCGACAUGGAGCAAUCACCGAGUCCUCCUCCGAAACCUGCCCAGCAUGAGCCCAUCAGCUUCGGCAUCGACCAGAUCCUAGGAGCCGCCGCGGAGCCGACGGAGAGCGGAGCGGGACGACAGCGCGAUGCCGGCAGCGGGGAUGGUUACUACAGCCUGGGGAGUCCCGCCCGGACCUGCACGCCUUCAUACACGGCUCUGUCCAUCUCCUUCUCCGGCAUCGUGCCCCCGGUGGACGCGCUCCACGGCUCCGUGUACGGGGACGGCAGGAGUGUUGGCGGCCGAGGAGUGAUUCGAGUGCCGGCCCACAGACCGCUGACAGCCCCCGGACCUGCGGCCCCGGUGCAGAGCGCCGUGCCCGGGUUUGGAGGGCUCUGUUUCCCCUGGAUAGGGAACCGCUUUGCUAAGGACAGAAUAUCAGCUGCUCUGGUUCCCUUCUCGGUCACCAGGCGGAUAGGACACCCCUACCAGAACCGGACCCCCCCUAAGAGGAAAAAGCCCCGCACGUCCUUCUCCAGGGUGCAGAUCUGCGAGCUGGAGAAGAGGUUCCACCGCCAGAAGUACUUGGCCAGCGCCGAGAGGGCCGCCUUGGCCAAGAGCCUCAAGAUGACGGACGCUCAGGUCAAAACCUGGUUCCAGAACCGCAGAACCAAGUGGAGGCGGCAGACGGCGGAGGAGCGGGAGGCGGAGCGCCAGCAGGCCAAUCGUCUGAUCCUGCAGCUGCAGCAGUCCGCCCUGCACAAGUCCUUGGGCGAGUCGGCCGUGGCGGACCCGCUGUGCGCGCACAACUCCUCCCUCUACGCCCUGCAGAACCUGCAGCCCUGGGCCGAGGAAAGGGAGUAGGGAGACAACAACCCCCCUCUCCCCCCUCCCAGUCACGUGAGGACGAUGCAUCGGGGACUGACGUCACCUUCUGCAGGACACUUAGGAAUGAUUGGACCUUGUUCUUGGUGAGUCACGUGACUUUUCAAAGCGGGCCUGGACUCCAUUGGACUUUUUCAUAAGAAACUGUUCCAUCCAUCCAUGCAUCCAUUUUCCUCCGCUUAUCCGAGGUCGGGUCGCGGGGGCAGCAGCCUAAGCUGAGAAGCCCAGACUUCCAACAUGUCUUAAUCGAUGUCUUCCUAUUAUCCUGAAGGGGUGGAGUGACAGCAGGCCCCACAAUCACACAUUUGUAAUCAGUCCGGCACUUAAAAACUCCCCCCAGAGCUAAUUUAUAUAUGAAUUAACGACAUUUAUUCACGGACACAAUCGUGUACAUAAUGAGGUUUGUAAGUAUGCAUGUUCAGUGAUGGUGAUUAUAUUAUCUGUGUUUUUUUGUUUAUUUUUUUGUACUUUUAUUGUGUCAAUAACACGUUUUUUGUGACCACGUUGUUGAAGGUUUUAUUGACGCAUUCCACAGUAAAAUGCUGUAAUCCAAACAAAACACAUGACGAUACCCUUAUAUUUUACAGCAAUGAACUGAAAGUAUUUCGCAAUAAAAUGUGACAACAAAUUACUUAUUCAAAUUAAGUUGUCUCCUAAAGGCUUCCGUACAGACUGCGUGGUGCACUGUUGCACAGCAGGUGGCAGAAUGCAGUUAAACUAAGAGAGUAAUUCACGAUAAAAAAAACAACAACAUUGCAACUUUUUACAUGUAUUGUAAUUAAUAGGGGUGUGAAUGUUUGGGCACCUAAUGAUUUAAUCUAAUUCGGAUUCAUGGGGUCACAAUUCCAAUCAGAAUUCAUUCUUGACCCAAA